CCCUACCUUCAUCAUGCCAGGAGGAGCAACUUUAGGCCACCAGCUUUGGACAUUAAUUUAUAAUGAGCAUCAGGAUGCAACUUGAAGUAGUUAAAAAGAUUCUGACUCCUGGACCUGAGUUCAAAUCCUGACUCUACUACGUAUUUUCUGUGUGACUUUGGAUUGAAAUCGUGACUGUAAUGCCUUCUGGGAACAGAGAACUUCCCAGCCCCCCACCGCUGCCCCAGGAGCCAGAAGGGGAAGAAUCCACAGCAAAACUGAUUGACGGCUCCUCCCCACAUGGGCCAGAUUUCAUCGGUGUCCUUGGUCCUCAAACCAAUGAAGACUUCCCCACCUGUCUCCUGUGCACUUGUAUGAGCACCACAGUCUACUGUGAUGACCAUGAACUUGAUGCUGUCCCUCCUCUGCCCAAGAACACAGCCUAUUUCUACGCCCGAUUUAAUAGAAUAAAAAAGAUCAACAAAAAUGACUUUGCACAUCUAAGUGAUUUAAAAAGGAUUGAUUUGACAUCGAAUUUAAUAUCUGAGAUUGAUGAAGAUGCUUUCAGAGAAUUGCCCCAGCUUCGGGAACUUGUCCUUCGGGACAACAGAAUCAGACAGCUUCCCGAGUUACCAUCCACACUGACCUUCAUUGACAUCAGUAACAAUAGACUAGGCCGAAAAGGGAUAAAGCAAGAAGCAUUUAAAGAUAUGUAUGAUCUCCAUCACCUUUACAUUACGGAUAAUAACUUGGACCACAUCCCACUACCACUGCCUGCUAACCUCCGAGCUCUCCAUCUCCAGAACAACAAUAUUCUAGAGAUGCAUGAAGAUACUUUCUGCAAUGUCAAAAACUUGACCUACGUACGGAAGGCUUUGGAGGACAUCCGGCUGGACGGGAACCCCAUCAAUCUGAGUAAAACUCCUCAGGCGUACAUGUGUCUACCUCGUCUGCCAAUUGGUAGCCUGGUCUAAGCCAAAUUCAGGGUUCAGGCAAUGCCCUAUGCUAACAGCAAGAGAAUCAUGAUUAAUGUGCUAGCACAGAAAAAGCCGUGAAUUGUUUGCAAAUUUAUAUUUGGAAACUUGUUAGAAGUUAAAAUGAAACACAAACAGAUGAAGUGAAAAAAAUGGAAAAAGAUGAUAUUGGCAUUGAAAUACAUAAAACAAUACCAAACAUACAGG